GCUGCGCUAAACCGCACAACUUGGAAUCACUCUAUCCCGGCAGCACUAUACGUUAUCCUCCUCCAUUCACGUAUUCCGCGUUUUAUUAAUUCUAUGUUCUAUGUCUGCUGCCCCGGUGCUACCCUUGCUUCCCAAGAGUGGCCCACUGUCAACUCUACAGUUUUAACAGGAAAAUUAAUCAGUUUUUUUUUUACUCAGGAGUUGUAUGCUCAAUUUAAGCUAUCUCAUUAUAACUUACUGUUCGAUUAAUCACAAAUUUUUGUAAAAAGUACGUGCAUUCCUACUUAUACGUCCAAUAUUAUUUUUUAGACUACCUAAACAUAUACUCGAUUUUAUGGAUCCAGCUUUUGGAUGGAUUCAGCCGGAGCAGUUCGGACCAGCUUAUGAAUUCUGGCAGAGAUUGUGGGAAAAAGAACAAAACUCAUUUGAAAAUCUAAACAGUCAAAUGAACCACUUACCUAGUGAGGGGCCUUCUACUACAGAGUCAUUUAUUUUGUUAGAAGACAAUGACUAUGCUAAAGGUCAAAAAAGAAAAAGAGAUGGGUCCAACAAAGCAAGCACAGCAAUCGGGCUCAGUAAGCACAGAAGUAGAUUAAUUGGAAAAUAUAACGGGUGCCCUUGGCUUUUGCACGGCAAACACUACUCUAAAGGUGUGCUAGGGCUUCACGAAGAGAUUGAAGAUUUUUUCCAGUAUAUGACACCAACUCCACAAGAACAUCAAGUCAGACUUGCUGUUGUUCACAGAAUUAUUGAUGUGAUUAUGAAAAUUUGGCCGCAUGCAAGUGUUCAAAUUUUUGGUAGUUUCCACACUGGACUUUAUCUUCCCACAAGUGAUAUAGACCUUGUUGUCUUGGGAAAAUGGGAUGUACUUCCUCUUCGUACGUUGGAAAAAGUUCUACUUGAAAAAGGGAUCGCUGAUCGAAAUACUUUGAAAGUACUAGACAAAGCUUCUGUGCCAAUUGUGAAAUUAACCGAUCGUGCUACAGAAGUCAAGGUCGAUAUCAGCUUUAACAUGAGUAAUGGAGUUCGAAGUGCGGAAUUGAUUCGUCAUUUUAAGAGAUCGUAUCCAACCCUCCAACGUCUCGUGUUUGUUUUGAAGCAAUUUCUUUUACAACGUGACCUCAAUGAAGUAUUUACUGGGGGAAUAAGCUCGUACAGUCUGAUUUUGAUGACAAUUAGCUUCCUUCAGUUGCAUCCCCGGCCUGAAGCAACUCAACCUACGGCAAAUCUUGGAGUGUUGUUAAUUGAAUUUCUAGAAUUGUACGGCCGACAUUUCAACUACCUUAAAACGGCCCUCAGGAUACGAAAUGGUGGUUCCUAUGUGCCCAAAGAUGAGAUUCAGAUCCAUAUGUCAGAUGGAUAUCGUCCAUCACUUUUAUGUAUCGAAGAUCCUUUAAAUCCUUCCAACGAUAUUGGCAGAAGCUCUUAUGGGGCACUUCACGUUAAAACAGCUUUCGAAUACGCAUAUGUUACCCUCACUCAGGCUGUACAUCCACUUCGAGACGAUAUCAACGAUCCUAACAUUCAAAGUAUAUUAGGUAGAAUAAUCCGGGUAACAGACGAUGUGAUUGACUAUCGGCGAUGGAUUCACUUGAACUUCCCAUUGUCUGUUGGACCCUCUCUUCAUGGGCGUUUAGCUCCAUCUCUCUUGGAGACUUGUGAUCUGUCUGGUUCACCUUCUCCACCUGAAGAACGCAAAAGUUCGAAGGCGCGUGUGUGAUAGCAGGUGGAUAGUGAUCAAAUCCAAAAUGGGAAUGGAAAGCUAUCAGUGAAGAAUUAACAUGAAACCAAAAUAUUCUUGCUGGAUCUGGGAAAGAAAAGAACGUGCUCCGUGAAUUAUUUGUCUUCCGUUAUUGCAUCACGGUGCGGUAGUCACUUCACCUUUGUUUUUUUUUUCUUGCAAAUUCUUUCUUUCUCGAGCUCUCCCUUCUGAUGUAAGCUAUGAACCAAACAAACUAUAAUUGUUGCUCUGUGCUUUUUACGUCCGGGAAUUUCAAAUACACUGCACAUUUAAAUUUAAUAGUGAAAUGGACAGUACAACUUA